AUGUUCUAUUGCAACUUUCCAAAAUUUUUUCUUUUACCAUUAUCAAUAAAACGUGAAAUAACUGGUUCAAAAGAUUAUCCUUAUGGUUACAAUGGUUUAAAUGAUGAAAAUUUAUCACGUGGAUAUGAUAAAUCAUCAUCAUAUUUAUUAUCUGAUUUAAAAGAAAGUUUUUCAAUUGGACCUGAACAUGAACAAAAAAUACGUUGGCCAAGUAAACCAUUAAAUAUGUCAUUAAUAUGGUUAAAUUAUUAUAAAGAAUGUCAUAAUUUAUCUAAACAUUUAUAUAAAUUAUUUGCAUUAGCAUUAAAUUUAAAUGAAAAUUGGUUUGAUAAUAAAAUAAAUGAACAUCGUUCAGCAUUACGUUCAUUAUAUUUUCCAUCAUAUUCAUCAUUAUUAUCAAUUAAAAAUCAAUAUCGUUCAAGUAUACAUACUGAUUAUGGAGCAUUUACUAUAUUAAAACAAGAUUAUAUUGAAGGAUUACAAAUAUUAAAUCGUUUAAAUAAUAAAUGGAUUAAUGUACCUUUUAUUGAAAAUACAUGUAUUAUUAAUUUAGGAGAUUUAAUGUCUAGAUGGACUAAUGAUCAUUGGAUAUCAACACCACAUCGUGUUAUAUUUCCAUUAAAUUAA